AGGAGCAUCUUUUCUCUUCAUAUUCAGCAAGCAAGCAAUCGCAAGUCACUUCUCCAACCGCGGCGGAUUGUAGAGCGCACAUCGUGAGGUGUCGGUCGCGGCCUAGAGAAUUAUUUACGCCACUGUGAUUUAUCAUAUUUGUUUUGUACUCGCGUUCUUGUGUGCAUCUCUGUGUGUGUGUGUGCGUGUGCAACCCCAUUCUCAGCACUACACCGUAUUUUGGUUCUUAAAAAAAUUUUCUGUACCCUUUUGUAUAUAUAUAUAUAUAUAUUUUGCUCUCAGUGGACGCGCUCAUUUUUUACUGACUGGUUUAUUUCGAAGGCCAGAUAGAAGCAGAUCAGAUUCCAGCACACCGCAACGCAAACUCCAGCCGACGUGAUCAGAGCUCCCUUCGGCACUCCUGCGACACACGCCGAGAAAAGCAACACCAACAACAAAAACAACAACAACAAAACUGUCGUCUUCGUAAUGAACUACUUUGGCCAAUGGUCGAACCUUGAGCUGGUGCGGCAGGACGGCACGACACGCCUCGUCGUGGACGUGCUGCGCGAUGUGCCGUACGUGGUGCUGCUCUUCGGUGCGUCGUGGAGCGGGGAUACGGAAAAGUUCUUUCCGCUGCUCGAGCAGUUCUACGAGCGUCACCACAAGGCGAAGAGCUUCGAAGUCAUUUACAUCUCACGCGACUGCAACAAAGCUGAAAUGACGCGGGGCUUCUUUUUCAAGGAGCGCGCCAUCACUGACGCAGACCGGCUGCAGCGUCAGGAGAGCACGGAAGAGCGCCACCGCAACUCCCCUCUACCGGCUAGCCUCUCUACGCAAGACAACACUAGAGGGAGGGGGGCGCAUAGAAAAGAGAACAAGUCAAACUACCAAGUCGCUAGAGACGACAGCGCCAAUGGCUGUUCAGCUGCCGUGGCAGCCGCGCCAGUCUCCUUGUCCUCGUUCCCUUCCUCAUUUCCCCCGCCGCUGAAGCGUGUUGCAGAGCUGACGCCUGGCACGGCCACCAACAGCUUCAGCGGUUCCCUCUCCUCCCUCUCCACCACCACCGCGACUUCCCUCUUCAAUCCGCUGGGACCCCGCGCGGGGGGUGGCGGCGGCAUGUGGGCGGUGCCCUACGAGCACGUCGGCACCAUCGGCGUUCCCCUUCUCUACCACCUGCGCGUUUUCUCCUACCCCGGCGUGGUCGUGUGCCGCAACCGGCCCUUGGCUGCCUCCGUCACGCCGCAGCCGCUGCCCCUCAUCUCCCACCCGCCCCAAAACGGUGGCUCCGGCCAGAUGGACGUGGCCAAUGCCCCGCGGCACCGUGAAAAAACGCCAGUGGUGGCACAGCGCGCGUGCUACCCCGACGUGGUGACUAUUGCCGGUCGGUUCAUGAUCGAGACGGAGGACCCAGAGGCGGAGAACUUCCCCUGGGCACACAUGGCCUCGCAGGUGCGCGUGGCGGCGCUUUUCUUCUUCGGUAUUGUGAUUGCGGUCACGGUGGUGGUGUUGGGUGUGCUGCUGCCGGCUUUGAUCCGCAUGAAGCACGCAACGAGGUCCAGGGCGGCCGCAGCGUGA